CACUCACUUUUCACAAUCUGGCUUUUCCCUUUUUUACUACCUUUUUCUUUUUCUUUUCCCUUCUUCUUUCCUUCCAAACAACCUUUUUUUCUUCGCAGUGGCUCCAUUAAGAUCUCAUUUUUCUUACACAUCUUAUUCUUAUUAAUACUACUUUGGAUCAUGCCAUUUCGUUGCAAGUGUGGAAGAACAUUUGAAAAGCCUGAUUCGUUUUCCACGCACACGUCAGCGUGCGCGCCUUUCCACCGACGCAUGUCAUCUUCGACCACAACCGGAGACACAUCUCCACCUUCGCCACAGACCAUGACCUCCCCUGAUUUCAUGCCCAACUUUAUGCCCACCGCAUUAUCGCUGCACAAUGCAUUCGAAGGAGUUAGAAGACGAUCCAUGUCCUACGGACAAGCAUGGAAGUAG